AUGUGGAAGAAUCCUUCUCAGCACUUUGCAGUAGCCACCGUCAAAUACUUUGAGAGACACAAAGGAGAGGUUAAUUACUGCACUAUUUCCCCAGACCAUCGGCUCAUCCUAACGUGCUCUGAUGAUAGCCGUAUCCAUAUGUGGGAUGCAGAGAGCAGGGCGCUCCAGCGGAAGGUGACGGGGCACACAGGUCCAGUCAAGUCCUGCUGCUUCUCUCCAGACAACUCCUUGUUUGCCAGCGCAUCCCAUGACUGCACGGUGCGGAUCUGGAGAGUAGAUACUGCAGAAUGUGUCCAUCUACUGACAGAUCAUUCUAAGAGCGUAGAGACAGUUUGCUUCAGUCCUGACUCAGCGUACCUGCUCUCUGCAGGAUGGGACCGCACUGCUAUACUCUGGGAAGUGCAGCUUGGACAAAAAGUUAAGGUUUUCCGUGGGCAUCAGGAUGCCGUCCAGUGCAGCGCUUUUUCCUCGAAGGGAUCAUCUAUAGCCACCGGCUCCUGGGAUUAUACAGUGCGAGUGUGGCGUACGCAUGGUGAUGGGUCAGAUAUAGUUCUGCAAGGACACAAGGGCAACGUCAGCUGUGUUUGCUUCUCGAUAUCUGGGAUGUUGGCCUCCGGUUCAUGGGACAAGACUAUUCGCAUCUGGAACCCACACAAAGGGUCACUGAUUUUUUUGUUAAAUGACCAUUCGGGGUGGGUGAGAAGUGUGACGUUCUCCCGAGACGGAAUUCUCCUGGCAUCCUCUGGCAAUGACAAAACGGUACGUCUUUGGGAAUGUGAAAAUGGAAAGUGUAUUAAAGUAUUAAAGGGCAUGCUGGAUGAAGUUCAUGCGUGUACAUUUUCACCUGACAACACGUUGCUGCUGAGUGGCGCCGUGGGACAUACUUUGCCACACUGAACAGAAUUAAUUAUUACUUGGACAGUGUAGAUCAGCUUAGGGCCCGACUGUAUCACUGAGGAAUGAGGACCCAGGAAACAGCACAAUCAGACAGCUAA